GCAUAGUUGAAGCAAACCCUAGAAAAUUCAACCUCGAUGCGACUGAAUUGAGUAUAAGAAAAACCUUCAUCACAAGUACUCGGCAAGUUGUCAGGAAAAACCGAAGUAAGCUUCUAAAACAGGAACCAGAAUACUCCAUGUCCCUGCUUCAAGUACCUUAAGGCCUUCCCAUUGCCUUUGCACAGGGGCCUGCCGUCUAUGUAAGAACAGUUUUACAUUCUUUAAAGGAUAAUUAGAAAACACACACACAACAAAGACUGUAUGACAAGGACUGAAUACUUAAUAUCUACUCCUUAUCAAACAAAGUUUGCCAACCCCUGCGUCAGGACGAAAUCAAAGCAGCCUGAACGCCCUGUGUUUGGCCAACCUUCUCUUCUUUCCCCUGCCCCUGAACACGCACUUGGCUCCUUCAGCCUUCCUGGCCUGCCUUCACCAGAGCUAAAGGCCCUGAGCUUUUUCCCGCUUCCAGGCUUUUGUACUUGCUGUUCCCUUUGCCUGGAAUCCUCAGCCUUCAGCUCUUUCUGUGAUUGGCUCAUCUUGUGCUUCAGAUCUCGAUUCCAGUGUUACCCCAUCGUUCUAAUGUCCAUCUCUCACUCAGUUCCAGCCCUGUUUAUUCCCUUCCUUCCCAGCACAGUCAUCACCUUGUUGACGUGUCUGUGGGAUUACUGUGUGCCCCUUCUCCACCAUGGUACGCACUCCACGUGGGCAGGGGCCUUGCCUGUAUUGCUCACUGCUCUAUGUGGGCAUGUAUUAGGCUUUAGCAAGCAUUUGCCGAAUGUAAAAAUGUGCUUGGAAAGUUGAUAGCAAGAUGGUGGUUAUUCAGAUUCACCACAGUAGGGAUUACGAAAACGGUAGCACUGUCCAGUCUGCUGUUUACCUGUCAUAGGUCUUGGAAGAAGGUUCUAAGAGCCUAAUACCUCAACAUUUGCAUCUAUAAAAUAGCCUACUUGCCAACAAAAUUGACAUGAAGGAUCAGAUGUCAGCUUCAUCUGUGCAGGCAUUAGCUGAACGAAAAAAUAGACAGGCCCUCCUAGGGGACAGUGGCGGCCAGAACUGGAGCUCGGGAACGACGGACAAGUACGGGCGCCUGGACCGCGAGCUCCAGUUAGCCAACUCCCAUUUCAUCGAGGACCAGCAGGCGCAACAGCAGCUGAUCGUGGAACAGCAGGAUGAGCAUUUGGAGCUGGUCUCUGGCAGCAUCGGGGUGCUGAAGAACAUGUCCCAGCGCAUCGGAGGGGAGCUGGAGGAACAGGCCGUUAUGUUGGAUGAUUUUUCUCAUGAGCUGGAGAGCACUCAGUCUCGGCUGGACAAUGUGAUGAAGAAACUUGCGAAAGUAUCUCACAUGACCAGUGAUCGGCGCCAGUGGUGUGCCAUAGCCGUCCUCUUCGUGGUCCUGCUGGUCGUGCUCGUCUUCUUCUUAGUGCUGUGAUGGUGGCCCGGCGCGGCUCCUCCUGCGCAUGAACCCUAGGGGAGGCGGGAAGCAGCACCCCAAUGUUGCCGUCUCCUCACACUCCUCUCUGGAAAACACAGCCUGCACUGACUUUCCUCCUUGUGACCCCACCACUGAGACAGCUGCUCCGACCCACCCAGCGCUGGCGAGGCCGCUGGGAAGAAGAAGCGGACAACUGUGUGCUCCUGGCACCACCUGUCUGUUCUGAGGACGGAUCGCCACUGCUUCGCCCCCGGGGCCUCGGGCCCCCAGGACAGCCUCUGAGGAAUCCAGAGAAGUUUGCAGCUCAACCAGCGCUUUGCUGUUGCUCAUUCCACCCAUCUUGGGCAGCUCUUUCCCCCAGCCAGACCCUCCCCCGGCUCAGACAGCCCCCGUUGUCCCAUCCCGGAGAGCGCCGUCGGGAGUGCGGGCUCUGGGCAGGUCUCAUUUCCCAUUGCAGCAGCGGCCCGUGGCCCCCGAGAGCUGGUUGCUAAUGGGGACGAAAGGCCCAGGAGCAGUUUGUGACAAAACGCAGUGAUCCAUUUUUCAGGGGUAAGUGCUGGGAUAAAAUUGUUUUCCAGGCUCAUUAUUCUGUGGUAGAAAUACCUAAUGGAAAAUAAUGGGAAGCACUAGGCUUUGGGGGUGCCAACAGCUGGUGGCUUGAACCGAAGGGAGGAGAGGGCAGCAGGACCCAGGGUUUGCACAGCUGAGGGAAGGGUGGGUGAGGUUGCUGGAGGUCAGAGCCUUGUCGAAUUCAUGUGGCUAUCCCAUUGCAACUCGUAUUUUUCGGACGCCCCUUACCUGUAUGGCUGCUGCGCAGCUCAGCCACCCACUUGGAUGGUCUGGAUUCACGUGGCCGGUUAGGUCAUCCCUGUGGACUCUGCAUGGGGGGUGGGGGUGGGGUGGGGUGCUUAGUACGUUGGCAAUGCAGCCACGCUCACUCAGAAAUCGUAAUGACCAAAAAGGCUAGUUCUGGACCGGACUUCUCUUACCCUGUGAGUAAUGGCAAGAAUGGGUAGGUGCACUUGGGUGGGGUUUUUUUUUUCCCCUAAGAUGACAACUCAGUUUUUUAUUACCCAUUCAAAUAACUGAGCCAAUCCAAAUUUAAAGAACGGAUGCUUUAAUUGAGUUUUAGUAGCUGAAACUGCUGAGAUGCUAAACUUCAAGCUUCCGAUGACUUUUUAAACGCCUCCAGCGUCCUGGUGUCUGUAGGAUAUUUUUGUAACCUCCCCGAUGCUGUCACCAAUGUUGAAGCGGCAGCUGACCUGGAGCCCGGGGCAGCGGCCACGCUCUCCCCACUGCCUCCUGCACUGGGAAAGCACAGCAACGUCUGGAUAGAGCUCUAGCUCUGACUUCCUGUUUCCUCAUCUGUUGGGGGCCAUUCCUUAGCAAACUUUUUUCUUUUUCCUUUUUUUCAUGUUUUGUCUGUAUUUCUUGGGGGGUUUUUUGUCGUUGUUUACUUGCUUUGGGCUUUUUCCCCCCUUUUUUGUGAUUUGCAAUGAUGUACUCGCCCAGCUGACUUAUGAAUUGCACUUUUUAAUAAAUAUUUGUAACAAUUUU